AUGGACAUUGACAAAAUGUUCAAGCUCCCCGCGCUACCGACGGGGAGUCUGAAGCGCAAGAUGACCUCUCUGCCCACGCAAGACAUGCUGAAGCGGUUCAAAUCUGAUGAUUCGGAGGAUACCUCGGCAAAUGGGAAGGGAAAGGGACGCGCUGCAACGGUCGAGGACGUCAACGAGGACGCGCCUGCGCCGGAGGAUAUGGAUGACGAUAUGGGUCAAGGGGAUGACGAUGAGGACGGACGGUUCUUUGGCGGAGGACUAAACAACGAGCAGCAGCAAAUAUUGGAUAUCUUCGAUAAGGCAGGAGACGAUGACGGAGACGCGGGCACCACAACUCUUCCUGCCUUGAGACGGCAGUUCGCCAAGUUUGAGAGGACGGUAGCGAAGAACGCCGAACAGCGGGGCAAGUUCCCGGACGACCCGUCAAAAUUCAUCGACUCCGAAGCCGACCUCGACACUUCCCUUAAAUCCUUCCUCCCUCUCACUCAAAACGCCCCUCUCUCCUACCCUGAACUCAUCCGCUCAGGCACCGUCGCCCUCUUGACGAAUCUUCUAUCGCACGAGAAUACGGAUAUAGCCAUGGACGUCGUGGAGGUCGUACAGGAGCUGACGGACGAAGAUGUGGGUGCGGAGGUGGAUGAUCUAGAAGAGGAGGAAAAAGGGGGUGGUGGGAUGGGAGAGGUGCGGCGGGUGAUGGGGGAUCUGAUCGACGAGCUGCUCAACAACUCCCUACUCGAUCUCCUCACAGCCAAUCUCUCCCGACUCGAUGAAUCCGAACCUACCGACUCCCAAGGUGUAUUCUCCAUCCUGGGCGUAUUCGAAAAUCUCCUCUCUUUCCUGCCGCCCCUAGCUACCCAGAUAGUCGGCGACACGACACUGCUCCCGUGGUUGCUCAAGCGAGUGCAAAAGAAGGAGUAUGAUAGCAACAAGCAGUACGCGAGCGAAGUGCUGAGUAUCUUGCUGCAAGGUGGCAGGGAGGUUGUUGUUAAGGUGUGGGAGCAAGAUGGGGUGGAGGUAUUGCUGAAAGUGCUGUCUCAAUACCGCAAGAAGGAUCCCGGAGAUAGCGAAGAAGUCGAGUUCAUGGAGAACAUGUUCAACUGUCUGUGCUCCCUGCUCGGCGAGCCAGAAGUGAAGACUGCCUUCAUCGAGGCAGAGGGAACAGAAUUGAUGAUCAUCAUGAUGAAGGAGAAGCUGUUGGCGCGGACAAGAGCGAUGAAGGUGCUCGACUACGCGAUGCAGACGGAAGCUGGAACUGCCGCAUGUGAGAAGUUUGUUGAGAGUCAGGGACUGAAAUCAUUCUUUUCGCUGUAUAUGGGCAAGGUCUGCUAUCUCUUCUCGCUUGGAUCAAACGAGCCUAAGAAGAAGUCAACCCAUGCGACACCUCAGCGCGAAGACGAAGAACACCUGCUCUCCAUCCUCUCUUCGCUUUUCACGAACCUGCCGUCCGAAUCGCCGAGCCGGAUCAGGGUGAUCAUGAAAUUCGUGGAAAAUGAGUAUGAAAAGGUGGAGCGAUUAUUGGAGCUCAGAGAGCGAGCCAAGGGAGCAUUGGUGGUAGUGGAGAAGGAAAUUAGGGAGGAGCGAAAUAUCAUGUUGGAAAAUCAGGAAGAAGUGACGGAAGAAGAAGAGGACGACUGGUAUCUCCGUCGCAUCGAAGCUGGACUGGCGGCGCUACAGACGGCGGACUACGUCCUGGCUUGGGUGUGUAUGGAGGAUGACGGAGCAAGAGCACAUGCUCAAACUCUCCUGUCGCGCAAAUCGCAGUCCCUAUCAGAUAUCCUCGCCAGCCUCCAAGAGUUCAGGCGGAAUAUAGGAGUAGGGGGCGAUGGGGAGGAGGAAAUGGAGGAGGAGGGCGAAGACGACCCAGAAGCGAGAAAUAAAAGGGUGAUUCUGGCGGGCUUGAUGGGGUUCUUAGAAGGAUGCGUAUAA